AGGGGUCUAAGGGGGGAGGUCUGGCCUUCAGAGGAGCAGCUCCACACUGUUGAUUCACACAGAGGAAGACUGUUCUGAGGGAACAAAUAUCAGGGACAUCAAAAUUCGUUUUGAGUUAAAAUUUUUAUUUUUAGUUUUUUCUCCUAAGCAAACUUUUGACAGAGGAGGAUGAAGUACUAUCAGUUCCCCGCGUCUGAGACUGAGUCACUUAGAGCUUAUGCCCAGGACAAGUACAAGAGCUCCGUGUCUCCAAAGUCCAUCCGCAGCGUGCAUUUCCCCAAUGACAUCGUUUUCCAGGACUUUGUGCGGCAGGGUGAGCUGGAGCGGAUUGGACGCUUCAUCCGAGCCAGAAGGGUCAGCCUGGACACUAUCUACCCCACUGGCAUGGCCGCCAUCCACGAAGCUGUGCUGUCAGGGAACCUGGAGUGUGUGGAGCUGUUGGUCCACUACGGAGCGGACAUCCACCAGAGGGACGACGAAGGGUGGACCCCGCUGCACAUGGCCUGCAGCGACAGCUUCCCUCACAUCGCACGCUAUCUUCUCUCACUGGGCGCUGAUCCAAAUCUGGAAAACGACUGCGGGGAGAAGCCUUGUGACCUCAUCGACCCAGAGAACAAGGAACUGCUGGACCUUUUCGGCCUGGUUGACAAUGACUGAGAGACUGAUCGGUCCAGUUGCUCCAAUCCUUCUCCCGAGGCGGAGAGAGAACUCCUCGUGACUUCAGCGUCCUGAACCAGAAAGCUGCCUCAACUGUGGAGGUGACAGUGGACUUCAGAUCGAAGGAAGCACAGCAGGUUUUUUCCUACAUGGGCUUGUAACAGCCAGCUCGAGUCACAUUUUUUUUAUCCUGCAGUGAGUUUGAAUGAACAAUUUCAACUUUUUUUUUUUUUUCAGUAUUCAACUUUUCAUCCUGGAAGGUAGAUACAUUGAUUGGAACAUCAAACUGCUUUUUAUGUGCAAAUGAAUAUAUUCUGACAAGCAAAGAUCAAUAUUUUCCAAAACAAAUUAAUGGAUUCUAUAGUAGCAUCCUGCUAACACGAUAACAGGUUUGUUUCUUUCUAGUAUCCUAACAUGUUAACUGUAUAGUCUUACUUUUGCUACGUUUUGUACUUCUAAAAUAAAGUGUUCAUCCACCCUGACUGAUUCAUUUUAUAUAACCUUUC